AACCUCCUCGGUUAGACUGCGAUCGUUGAGAUUUUCGAAUGAUUGAUUGUAACGGAUUGUUCGAGCGUUAGAUCGCAUGCAUCUAAUAUAUGUACGUUAUGUAUAGAAGCAAAAUCUCCACGUGUAUUUGACGCACAACGAAUUUACUGUGAUAGGCAGUUUACGAAAGUAUUUCGAAAAAUGUCCGCAACAAUAGAUGAUAAAGUGGUUGCAGGAGCGAAAUCCUCGAACACUGUUAAGGAGGAUCCCAUUGUAGCAUUAACGGAAAAAGUAAAUGCGUUAUAUUUUUUUCGAGAUCAUUAUUUUGAAAAUCACUCUAUCGAGGAAGCUAUUAAAAAGAACAGCGAUGUGGAAAAAGAGAUGAAAGAUACUUUAAAUAAGUUCGAUGAGUGCAAGGGAUACGAGAUCGAUGGAUCACGAGCGAAAUAUUACUAUCUGAAAGGGAAAGCUCUAAAUGUCACGGAACGUUUUAUACCUCAAGCGGAAGAGUUACUGACAAAGGCAGUAAAGUUGGAGCCUAACUUAGUAGAAGCAUGGAAUGAAUUAGGAUGCUGUUAUUGGAAAAAUAACGAUAUUCAACAAGCAAAAAAUUGCUUCGUCGGAGCUGUACGCCAUGGUGGGAAUAAGGUAUCGUUAAGAAAUUUAUCAAUGGUACUCAGACAAGAACCAGUCCUUAAUGCUGAGCAACAAAUACAAAAUAUGCAGAAGGGAGUGCAAUAUGCUAAGGAAGCGGUCAGUCUUGAUACAUCAGAUGGUAUUUCUUGGGCAAUUUUAGGAAAUGCUUAUUUGUCUUCCUUUUUUACAAUAGCACAAAAUCCCGCAACUUUACGACUCUGCAUGUCGGCUUAUGCACAAGCAGAAAAAGAUAUCGUAGCAGGAAGUACUGCUGAUUUAUUUCACAAUAAGGCAGUGACCUUAAAGUAUCAAGAGGAAUAUAGUUUAGCAAUGAAAUCUUUUGAGAGAGCGAUACUACUGGAUCCAUUGUGGGAAAUACCACGUAUCAAAAGGGACGAAUUGUUACGAUAUUUGAAGGAUGUACAAAAUUCAGUAAACAAUAACGGAAAAAUGAAACCGAAGAGAUUGUACCAAAUGAUAAAGGCAUUGGAUGUUAAACAUUUGGGACCAUACAAAGGUGGCUCUUUUACGUCCGGCCAGAAAACUGUAAAAUUAGAUUUAGUAUUACUGAAAGACUUAGCCCUUGGGCUAAAUCCAGAGAAAGUUGUAUUUGGAAAAGUAGUAUGUUGGAUAGAAGACAUCGAUUGUGUACCUUUCGCCUUUUGUCUCGUUGAUGAGGAGAAAACGUGUAUUGCUGUAACAGUAUAUAAUCUUGCUAAAGGUCGUGGAGUUACCAUAGGAGAUUCUGUUGCUAUACCUGAACCAUUUGUGAUUCAUCAAAAGUUCUCUUAUCUUGAUAACGAUUUUGACUUCAAAUCUAUACGCGUCGAAACUCCACUUAUAUUAGUUGUUAAUGGAAGAAAGUUAGGUAGAGAACAACAAGCAUGUGUGAAAUUACAAACCUUUAAAAAAACCUAUUGAAAUUAAUGCACAAGUGUACAGUUACGAAUUUAUAGCGAAACGAGUAGUUAGUAACGAGACUUCCUUUUAUCUCGAAUUAAAAUUAAUAUCACAAUCGAUAGGCAAUGUGAUAUAUAAAGUUCGAAUUUAAGUAUUAAUGAGAUAUUAAUAGAAUAAUCUUACCACAGUCAAUAUUUCUGGAGAUAAAUUAUCCAUUUAUAAUUGUUACACUUUUUUUUUGUUUUUUUUUGAAGAGUGUCGUGCGAAAUGAGAAUGUCGAAAUUUAUAAAGAAGAAAAAAGACAAUUGAUUUUCAACGCAAAAAAUUCACGUUAUAAAUAUUGUCACAUUUUUUCGUGAUAUGUUAAUUUGUAAAGAAGCUUGAAUAAUUCAAAUUUAUCGAUUCAUACGAAAAAUUUUGUACGUACAUUGGAGAAAAUAGUUGAUUUAAAUGGCUGUAUCUUUUAGAAUAAAAUGUACCCUUAAGUGCGAUCUAAUGAGCAAUAGGAACCUUAGGGAUCUACUUAGGGAUAACUAAAAAUACAAUGUACGUACAAAAUUUUAUAAAAGCGAAUAAUUACGCGUUUUUCAAGAUUAUUCUUCAAAAAUCAGUUAUAGAAUAUAUAAUAUAAUUAAAUUUGAUAUAAAAAUACUGAUUCUUAUGAUACACCUACUGCAUUUGUGUGUUUUUUAAUCUUCAAAUGAUUUUUCUUUAAAAAACAUUUGAACGUUCAUACAUUUUUUAAUGAACUUGUUUUGCACUUUUAUUACGUUUAUUGUUAUAACACUGUUUACGAGAAAAGUCGAGAGAUAAGAAAACAUAAAAAUAAGAUAUAAUAACAUCGAAUGUUCAUCAAGAUCGAUUAAACUGACUUUUCCUACAAGUUCUAUUCAUCAAUCGUUUCAUCGUGCCAAUAAAAUGACUUGUCCGUUGAUACGUGACAUACAAAUUGAUCUUUCUUUUAUACUCGAAUACUCACAUCGAUUCAUUUCGA